AUGCCUCGCGCACAGAUCGACGACAACGGAACCUGCAUUUACUAUGAGGACACUGGUGUGCCACACGGCUCCGUGACAUACCCCACUAUCGUUAUCACGCAUGGUGCACUUAUCAAUUCAGGCAUGUCCAUUACUAUAUUCGAGCGCAUGCUACCGUAUGCCUCCAAGUACGGCCUGCGCAUAAUCACCAUGAACAACCGGGGCUACCAUGGAUCUACGCCAUACACGGAAGAAGAACUGGCACACCUGGCCAGCCCCGACGUUGAAGUUCAAGCGCAUGGGGUGCGCAGACUAGGACAAGAGACCGCCCAGUUCCUUGCAUACGUCUGUCAGACAUUGCGCAUCCCUGUCGCCACAGGCGAGGGAGCCAAGAAAGAGGGCGGGCUGGUACUGGUGGCGUGGUCUAUGUAUGGCACCGUGGCCGUAUCCAUUCUAGGAGAUCCUCGGACGAUGGGAAGUGACCUGACGGCUACGCUUGCUCCUUAUCUGCGCACAGUCGUCUUUCUUGACUCACCAUCAGCUACAUUUGGUGUAUUUCCCGACAUAGGCCGUGGCACACCCUUCGGUGAUCCCACAAUCCCAAAUGAACGGAAGUCAGAUGUGUUCAUUGAUUGGGUGUCUGCGUAUCACACCUCACCGCCAGACGGUGUCCCCAUCACUGCUGAAUCGCUGCACGAAUACUACACCGUCCUUCCACGCACACCGACGCUUCGUACACUGUCUCCGGAAGACUAUCAGCGUGUCAUUGAACUUGGGGAUUGUGUACGCCUGACCGGCCUGAUAGUAGCCACGGACGAAAAAAUCCACCAUAAGUAUGCACACUGUGCAUUCUCUGAUGCAGGUGCAGUCCUGCCCGACGUCAACAUCCUCUAUCUUGCUGCCGCGCAGGCUCCGUGGGCGUCGAUGUGGGGAGCUAAAGUGGCUGAGGAACUGAUCGGAGAGGCAGCCGAUCAGGGUAAGAAGAAGCGAAAGGCUACUUUCCUGAGGCUGAAGGGAGCAAAUCACUUGGUUCAAUGGGACGAGCCAGAGAGGCUUGUCCGUCUUUUGGCAGAGAGUUGCAACGAUUCCCUGUAGUAUGCGACUGGGUUUGUCACGGACAUACUGCAACAAGGUUGUUAUCAUUCCAACGUCGCACAAGUUGAUUGCGACAGACUAGGAGGCGUUUGCUUUAAAUUGCAUUGUACGGUAGCUUUUCCCCUCCUGGUGAGGUUUUGAUGCACCCUCGGUUCCGGACGUUCCGGCCCCGUUAUCAA